GUACCACGUGGGGAUAUGAUAUAUCUGCCUCGGUGACUUGAGUCACCUUGGAGCCCUAGACGUACGUUCCAUUUGGCUGAAGAAGUUGCCUCUUGUCCAUAACAAUGGAAAGUGAGAGGAAGAGGAUCUUCACCAUUCUCUACGGCAGUCAGACGGGGACUGCGCAGGAUGUUGCAGAAAGAGUUGGAAGAGAUGCAGUGAGGAAUUCAGCAGACCUGACAGUUUUAAACACUUCCAGGAUGCAAUUUGAGUCACACGUGAAGCCCAUGGAUGACUACGAUGUGUCCGAUCUUCCCGACGAGAGCCUCAUGCUGUUUGUGUGUGCCACAACUGGACAGGGAGAAGAGCCUGAUAACAUGAAGAAGUUCUGGUCGUUCCUACUGAGGAAAUCUCUACCUGCAAAUUCCUUGAGUGGGAUGAACUAUGGAGUCCUUGGUCUUGGGGAUUCAUCUUACCAGAAGUUCAACUUUGUUGCCAAGCGCCUUCACAAGAGAUUGCAUCAGCUUGGGGCAAGGCCGCUCUUACCAGUAGGAUUGGCAGAUGAUCAGCAUGAUCUGGGACCAGAUGCUGUCACUGUGCCAUUUUUGGAGAGCUUCUACAUGAAAGUCUUGGAUGUAUCACCCUUGCCACCUGGAGUCAAGGUCAUUGACUCAUCCAUCCUCCUCCCUCCAAAGUAUGAAGUGAAAGUAUUGGAGGGUGGCUUGCCGGAUCAAGUGCAGAAUGCAACAAGAAAUGUAUCAGAUAUUUAUGACCUCAAGAACCCAUGGUUUGCAGAAGUGAUCCACAACAAACGGGUAACUGCUACCGAUCACUGGCAGGACGUGCGACUGAUUUCCUUCAACAUUGAAAAAUCUUUCAUCUCUUAUGUACCUGGCGAUGUGGCCAUGAUCAUGCCAAAAAAUUCUCCCAAUGAUGUUCAAGAAAUCCUGGACACUCUAGAGCUGAAUGGCGAGACGGUGAUAUCGAUCCACGAGAGAAAUCCCAAUGCACCUCUGCCCCCUGAAUCAAUCCUGCCCAGUAGAUGCUCCUUGUGGCAGUGCUUCCAAGACUACCUUGACAUCAAGUCUGUCCCAAAAAGAUACUUCUUUGAACUGUUGAGUAAGUUCACCCCAAACGAGCUGGAGCGCGAGAGGCUUCAAGAGUUCUGCUCUCCCGAGGGAGCAAACGACGUGCUGGAUUACUGCAUCAGACCGAAACGCUCCAUCGUGGAAGCCUUGCAGGAUUUCCCUCAUGCUACUCAGGCCAUCCCACUGGAAUAUUUGUUUGAUCUCAUUCCCUCCAUGAAGCCUCGAGCUUUCUCCAUUGCCUCUUCGCCCAAGGCUCAUCCAGGGCAACUGCAGGUCCUCGUUGCAGUUGUACAGUAUCGCACCAAGAUCAAAAAGCCCCGGCUUGGUGUCUGUUCCAAUUAUCUGGCAGGGCUGAAACAAGGAGACAAGGUUGUGUUGUGGGUGCGAAAGGGAACACUUCGAUUCCCCAAACAGCCUUCAGACUUGCCAGUGGUGAUGAUAGGACCAGGAACAGGAGUGGCUCCUUUUCACUCUUACAUCUUGGACGAAUUCCAUGACGAUGCCAAAAGACACGCAAAGAAUGGAGAACCGGGUCGUCUGCUCCUGUUCUUUGGAAGCCGUAAUCGAGACAAGGAUUACUUCUUUCAGCCUGAGUAUGAGCACAUGAUGAAAUCAAGCCCCAUGCUGAAAGUCAUCACUGCCUUUUCCAGAGAUCAGGACCAAAAAAUAUACGUCCAACAUCGUCUGCGAGAGCAUUCGGCUCUGGUGUGGGACGCCGUCGACCGCGACGCCUUAAUCUGCAUCGCCGGCAACUCAAAGCAGAUGCCCGAAGCCGUUCGGGAAGCCAUCAGAGACGCCAUAAAGGAAAACGGAGGCAUGACCGAAGAGGAUGCAUCCGCAUAUCUCGCGAGACUUGAAGCUCGUGGAAGACUUCAAAUGGAAACUUGGUCCUGAUGCAUCUCGAUUAAUUGUUAGACUGCAAGAUCUGAAGAGAGCAUCUAAGUCACCACUUCUCCUGGGCCGACACCGAUGCAGAUGUUUUUUUUUUUUCAUGA